GCGGCCUUCCAGCCUGUGUUUCAGUAUUUGUCAGUCGGGAACGUCCUGUUCUCUACAUUUUAUGGAAGUAACAGAGUGCUGAUCUGCACUAGAUACCGCAGGCCGACUUUAAGUUCGCUUUUCUAGUGAAACGAACAAAAAAAGCUCACGGAAACCCUCGGAACCUUCCACUAACACCACGAGAGUUGAGUCCGGGAACGGGACGUCCCCACCGCGCCGCCGGACGGGCCAUGCCUCGCAGUCUGAUGUUCGACCUGUCCGAGGGAUGGAAUUUGUCCUUCGCCGGCUGCGGCUUUCUGGGGAUCUACCACAUCGGCGUGGCCAGCUGUCUGCUGGAGAAGGCCCCUCACCUGGUCCAGGGAGCCUCCAACAUCUACGGGGCCUCGGCGGGGGCCCUGACCGCCGCGGUGCUCGCCAGCCAGGCGUCCCUUAUCCAAUGCUGUGAGGACGUGAUCAGCGUGGCCAAGGAGGCCCGCAAGAGGAACCUGGGGCCACUGCACCCCUCCUUCAACCUGGUGAAGGUGCUGAAGGCCGGCCUGGAGCGGGACCUCCCGGCCGACGCCCACCUGCGGGUGGCGGGCCGCCUCAGCGUCUCCCUGACCCGCGUGGCCGACGGCGAGAACGUCCUGGUGUCGGACUUCAACUCCAAGGAGGAGCUUAUCCAGGCGUUGGUGUGCAGCUGUUUCAUCCCCAUCUACUGUGGCAUCAUCCCCCCCUUCUUCAGAGGAGUGCGCUACGUGGACGGGGGCAUCAGCGACAACCUGCCCCAGUCGGAGCUGAAGAACACCAUCAGCGUCUCCCCGUUCUCCGGCGAGAGCGAUAUCUGCCCGCGGGACAAGUCCAGCAGCUUCCACGAGCUGCGCUUCACCAACACCAGCAUCCAGAUGAACCUGGGCAACGCCUACCGGCUCAGCCGCGCCCUCUUCCCCCCCGAACCCAAGGUCUUGGCUGAAACGUGUCAGAGUGGCUACCAAGACGCCCUGCGUUUCCUCGAGAACCACAACCUGCUCACUGUGGAGCGGCCGAGCGCAGGCCCCGCCCCCUCCGAUGCCACGCCCCCCUGCUGCUGUGACAACGAUGAGACCAGGAGUGAGUGGGUGCUGCGCAGGCUCCGCCUCCUUCAGAAGCAGCACUGGUGGUUGGACAAAAAGAUGAUCCUGCCCACGCCAAUCAAGAAAGUGUUCUGUGAGGCCUGCCAGUCCAACCCAGGGAUCUACGCCCAGGUGUCGGAGAUGCUCCCGGUCCGAGUGGCGUCCUUCAUGCUGCUUCCCUACACCCUCCCGGUUCACUCUGCCCUGUCCGUCGCCCAGCGGUGAGUCCCUUCACAUGCACCAGGAGGACCCACAAUGCAUUGCACUGAACUACAGGUCACAUCACAAUAGCAGCAGUAAUAAUUAACUAACAAAUAACUAACAUCCCAAUGCUCCAUUGCUCCCAAAGCAGCAGCGAUCAUUGUGAUGUCGUGAGGUUCAUGGAAUGGAUCCCUGAGGUUCCCACAGACAUGCGCUGGCUCUACGG